AUGGCAGUUGACCCCAUCGACAUGCUGAAGAUUUUGGACCUAUCAGACACAAUGGAGGGCGUGUCCCUGGAGGCGGGCCUCUGCACGAGUAGGCAGGGCAUGGAGGAGCCAGACCUAUCCUACAAGAUUGACAAGAAAAUUCAGCUCAGCGUUCCAACCAAUCAGAUUUUCCCAGGUGAGACNNNNCCCGUGGACUUCUCGGUGGUGGCGACGGUGCGGGCGAAGCGCGGCGCGCAGUGCUUCCUGCUGUCGGUGUACGAUGGCGAGGGCGUGCAGCAGCUGGGGCUGGAGCUGGGCCGCUCGCCCGUCUUCCUGUACGAGGACCAGCACGGCCAGCCCUCCCCCGACCUCUACCCCAUCUUCAAGAAGGUCAACCUGGCCGAUGGAAAGUGGCACAGACUGGCCUACAGCGUGGAAGGUCAAAAGGUCACGCUCUACCUGGACUGCCAGAAGGUCGACACCCUGGACCUCCCCCGGGGUCACGACCCCCGCGUCAGCACGGAUGGAGUCACCGUGUUCGGGACGAGGCUCUUGGAUGAGGAAGUGUUUGAGGGGGAGAUCCAGCAGCUUCUGAUCAUCCCUGACCCCAGCGCUGCAGCCGACUACUGCCACAACUUCAUCCCUGACUGUGACUCCGCCCUCACCUACAACAGCCUAUCACUGGACCCAGAGGAGGUGGAGAAGCCCAAGCGGAAGCCCGUGGUGGAGGAGUUUGAGGAGGACUUUUAUCACGGCCUCUACGACGAGGACAUCCCCGUCUCCUCGGUGACCGUGGGCCCCAACAUCACGGAGUAUGAGAUCAUCGAGUACGAGGAGUACGAGAACGUGACGGACGAGUAUGAGGUGAAGGAGUACGAGGUCUACGAAGAAUACGACGACCGCUACGGCCUCGCCGAGCGAGAGGGCGAGGAGGGGUCUUCGCUACCGGAGAAAGGACAGAAGGGAGAGCCUGCAUAUCUUGGAGAGGGCACCAUAAUUGAAGGACCCCACGGCCUCCCGGGACCUGAGGGACCCCCAGGUGAGCCUGGACCUAUGGGACCUAUGGGACCGAGAGGAGAUCCAGGUGAUCUGGGGCCUCCGGGACGACAAGGACUCUCUGGCGCUGAUGGGAUACCAGGGCCCCCGGGUACCAUGCUAAUGUUACCGUUCCAGUUUGGUGGUGAUGCAGCGAAAGGUCCGGUGGUUUCAGCCCAGGAGGCUCAAGCCCAGGCUAUCCUGCAGCAGACUAAGCUCUCCAUGAAGGGGCCUCCAGGGCCACUGGGACUGAUGGGCCGGCCAGGGCCGCUGGGUUCAACAGGGACGACAGGGCUGAAGGGAGCGAGUGGAGAUCAAGGACCAUCAGGCCCUCGUGGUGUGCCAGGCCCACCAGGGCAAAAUGGGAAGCAAGGGAAGAGAGGCCGUGGUGGUACUGAUGGAAGCAGAGGAGAGCCAGGGGAGACAGGAUCAAAGGGCGACAGAGGUUUUGAUGGACUACCUGGUCUCCCUGGAAACAAAGGGCAUAGGGGCGAAACUGGGAAGAAAGGUGCAGUGGGACCACUAGGACUGUCUGGUGAGAAGGGGUCAGACGGCCAGCCUGGACCGAGAGGACAGCCAGGCGAUAUUGGUUCCCGUGGAAUGCCUGGACCCAGAGGGAAUGCUGGACCUCCAGGACAAGCUGGUAUCGUCGGCAUAGAUGGAGUCCAGGGGUCGAAGGGCAACCUGGGACCACCUGGAGAGUCUGGAGCUGCAGGGCAACAAGGAAACCCUGGAUUUGUGGGUUUCCCAGGCCCCCAGGGCCCCAUCGGACUGCCAGGUGAAAAGGGACCACAAGGGAAAAAAGGAAUGAAGGGACUGCCAGGUAUCGAUGGACCUUCGGGUCAUCCAGGACGAGAGGGACCACCUGGAGAGAAAGGACUCCCGGGUCCUUCUGGCGUUCAAGGCCCCGUUGGAUAUCCUGGGGCUCGUGGAGUCAAGGGAGCCGAUGGUCUCAGAGGCGUGAAGGGAAGCAAAGGGGAGAAGGGUGAAGAUGGCUUCCCUGGAGCUAAGGGGGAGAUGGGAACAAAAGGAGACAAUGGGGACUCUGGAGCCUCAGGGCCCCGGGGUGAGGACGGUCUGGAGGGCCCCAAGGGCCAGUCUGGUCCCCUGGGAGAAGCAGGAUCUGGUGGCAUGGCCGGGGAGAAGGGUAAACUGGGAGUUCCAGGACUGCCUGGCUACCCAGGAAGACAAGGACCUAAGGGAGCUGAUGGAUUCCCUGGAGCUAUCGGGAUAAUCGGUGAGAAGGGCAAAAAGGGUCCACAAGGGUCACCAGGGAUCGCCGGGCAGAGAGGUGCAAAUGGUGCGCGUGGAGCCAGAGGUGCUAAAGGUCCCACAGGAAAGUCAGGUGCAAAGGGAUCAUCAGGGCAUGAUGGCCCCCCUGGACCUACUGGGGAUAGGGGCCCCCAAGGACCUCAAGGAAGAAAUGGAGAACCAGGGCCAAAGGGACCCAACGGCCCCAAUGGGAAGGAUGGUUUGCCAGGUCAUCCAGGCCAGAGGGGGGAGCCGGGUUUCCAAGGAAAGACAGGUCCCCCUGGACCAUCGGGUGUUGUCGGACCACAGGGUAACUCGGGAGAAACUGGGCCAAUGGGAGAUCGGGGUCAUCCAGGGUCACCGGGCCCACCUGGAGAGCAGGGUCUCCCCGGAGCAGCUGGCAAAGAAGGAGCCAAGGGUGACCCAGGUCUUCCAGGCACCCCAGGCAAGGCUGGCCCUGCAGGGCUACGUGGCUUCAGAGGCAGCAGAGGGGCCACCGGCGCCAUGGGCCCUGCUGGACUGAAAGGAGGAGAAGGACCCGUAGGAGCAGCUGGACCAAUGGGUCCCACGGGUGAGCGUGGUCCCCCAGGUAGAGUGGGUGCCAUUGGCCAGCCUGGACGCACCGGUGCCAUCGGUGGACCCGGACCAGCGGGAGAGAAGGGCGAGCCGGGAGAGAAAGGUCUGAUUGGACCGGCAGGGCAGGACGGAGAACAGGGACCCGGGGGGCCCCCUGGAGUGUCUGGACCUGCGGGACCACCAGGGGAGGACGGAGAUAAGGGAGAGGUUGGAGGACCAGGCCAAAAGGGAAGCAAAGGGGACAAAGGAGAAGGGGGACCUUCGGGACCUCUAGGCAUUCAGGGUCCUGUCGGACAGCCAGGACUACCGGGUGUGGACGGAACAGCUGGUCUCUCGGGGCAGAUGGGCAUGAGAGGACAGAAGGGUGACGAGGGACUCCGGGGCUUCAAGGGAUCCACAGGGCCCAUAGGACUGCAGGGGAUGCCAGGACCACCGGGGGAGAAGGGUGACAGUGGCCACGCAGGCUUAGCGGGUCCACCAGGGCAGAUGGGACCAAGGGGGCCGGUAGGACCCAGUGGGGGACAGGGUCCACCUGGGAGGCCAGGGAUCAUUGGAACAUCAGGUGCUGUUGGUGAGAAGGGAGAAGAUGGUGAGGCUGGUGACCCAGGCUCUGUCGGUGUGUCGGGCAGUUCAGGAGACAAGGGGGACCUGGGGGAGAAGGGUGACACGGGGCUGCCGGGGGCGGCCGGACCUCCAGGGGGCCGCGGAACAGCGGGAGAGGACGGAGCUAAAGGGAACUCGGGUCCUAUUGGGUUUCCAGGUGACCAGGGAGCGCCCGGAGAAGCUGGCAUUAAUGGUAUAGAUGGCACAGUAGGAUCUAAGGGUGACAACGGAGACCCGGGCAAAGCUGGACCUCCAGGGGCUUCAGGGGAACCAGGUCCACCUGGGAGACCAGGCCGAAGGGGUCACCUGGGUCCAGUAGGAAAAGAAGGCAAGCCGGGCAUGAAAGGCGAAAAGGGGGCGCCGGGAUACGAGGGGCAUCUUGGGAAGACCGGUCCAGUGGGAGGACAGGGGAAUCCUGGGAAACCUGGACCGCAGGGCCUCAGGGGCAUCCCUGGACCAGCGGGAGAGCAAGGCUUGAACGGACCACCUGGCCAGACAGGACCUCCUGGACCAAUGGGUCCACCAGGGCUGCCGGGACUGAAGGGAGACCCGGGAAAGAAAGGAGAAAAGGGCCACGGCGGUCUCAUCGGCCUGAUCGGACCUCCUGGAGAGGCUGGAGAGAAGGGAGACCGAGGAUUGCCUGGCAACCAAGGAGCACUAGGACCCAAAGGAGAGGAGGGACCCAUCGGCCCUCCAGGCUUCAGUGGGCCACCUGGCCCUCCAGGUCUCGCAGGAGCUACAGGCCUGCCAGGAUCCAAAGGCAACGAGGGACCCAUUGGCCCCCGAGGUGACACUGGCCCUGCUGGACCCCCUGGACCUCCAGGUCUCCCAGCGGUGAGCACGCGUUCUCUGCCCUACCAGCGCGACGGAACCGGGACCAGGGCAGGAACCGGACGCAGGCGCCGCCACCCCGCCACCGUGGACGGCGCCGCCAUGGAGGACGACUCGGUCACGCUCGUCCGCGACGCAGACGAGGAAGAGGAGGAGGUGGACGAGGAGGGCAUCUUCCUCAGCGACCAGCCGGCGGCGGGGGGGGCGGGGCCGGGGGCGGGGGAGGCGGGCGAGGGCCAGGACAUGGAGGAGGUGUUCGCCUCGCUGUCGUCCAUGCGCGUGGAGGUGGAGAGCAUGCGCACGCCGCUGGGCACGUUCGACAGUCCCGCGCGCACCUGCAAGGAGCUCUGGUACUGCCACCCGGAGUACAAGGACGGUGAAUACUGGAUUGACCCGAACCAGGGUUGCCAUAGAGACGCCUUCAAGGUGUUCUGCAACUUCACGGCAGAGGGAGACACGUGUUUGGACCCAGACAGCAAGUUCCAGUCGGUUAAACUGGCUGCAUGGAACAAGGAGAAGCCCGGCACCUGGUACAGUCAGUUCAAGAAAGGCUCCAAGUUUGUGUACACAGACGUGAGUGGGCAGCCGGUGCACGUGGUGCAGCUGAACUUCCUGAAGCUGCUGAGCGCCACGGCCCACCAGACCUUCACCUACACCUGCCAGAACUCGGCCGGCUGGUACGACAGCGCCUCCCGGGGGUACGGGCACGCACUGCGCUUCAGGGGGAGUGGGGGCGAGGAGCUCACCCACGAGAACUCGCUGUUCAUCCAGCCACUCCGGGACGGCUGCCAGUCACGCGUCGGGCAGGAGAGGACUGUGCUAGAGUUCAAUUCGCCGGACUCCGAGAUGUUUCCCAUCAUGGACGUGGCCGUGUCGGACUUCGGCAACAGCAAGCAGAAGUUCGGCUUUGAGCUGGGCCGCGUUUGCUUCAACGGCUAGCGCCCCCUGCAGUCUGGGAGGACUCACUGCAGUCGAAAGGGAAGGGACUUUGACGAGUGCCACUGCUUGUGUCUGAGUUAAGACAUGCACAAGCCAGCGGAGGGCGCCACAGUUUAUUGUGUCACAAACGGAAAACAUUCUCUCCUGAGGUCAGGUGACCACGAAGCAGCCAAUGGGAGGUCACAGCAGUCACUGCCAGGACUCAGGCAAAUAAGAAAGAACACUUUGGGCCAGUUUCAUGGACAUGGAUUAAACUUAAGUCCUAAAUUAAAAGCUCCUUUCCAGUGGAGGUCUUCCACGUAUAGCUGUCUUUUAGCUAAGGACUAGACCAAAGGGCCGUA